AGAAGAAGAAGAAAGAAGAAAGCUUUGGAAAUCUGAAAACCCAAACUCCAUUAAAACCCUGGCCGUGGAUUUCUAAACCCCAGAACAAAGCCUGACCCAUUUCUCAAUUCUCUAUCCCCAACAAACCCUUUGAAGAUUUUGAGCUGUGGUCGUCGGAGAAUGUCAGGCUCGUACGCCCAGAAUUUCUCGCCGGCGAGGGCGUUGUCGCCGCACCUGAGAACCCCGCCGGAUGUGGACAGUCAGUACUUGACUGAGCUCUUGGCCGAGCACCAAAAGCUUGGACCUUUCGCCCAGGUCGUGCCCAUUUGUGGCCGUCUCUUGAAUCAAGAGAUAUUAAGAGUUUCUGGAAUGAUGCCCAACCAAGGGUAUAGUGACUUUGACAGACUGCAACGUGGAAGCCCUAGCCCUAUUGGUUCGGACAUAAUGCCGAAUUAUAGAGGGUCAAGCCUGGGUGGAUGGAAUGGCCGGCCUCACGAUAGAUUAGGUGGUCCACAAGGAAUGAAUAUGGAAUGGCAAGUGGCACCAUCAAGUCCAAGUUCCUACAUCGUGAAGAGGAUACUGCGGUUGGAUAUCCCGGUGGAUAGCUUUCCAAAUUUCAAUUUUGUGGGCCGGCUUCUGGGUCCCAGAGGCAAUUCACUAAAGCGGGUGGAAGCUUCCACAGGUUGUCGUGUGUAUAUAAGAGGAAAGUGUUCAAUAAGAGAUAUAGACAAGGAGGAGUCUUUGAGGGGUAGACCAGGGUAUGAGCAUUUGAAUGAUCCACUGCACAUUAUAAUCGAGGCUGAAUUACCUGCCAAUAUUGUUGAUAUGCGGUUGAGACAAGCGAAACAAAUCAUUGAAGAACUUCUCAAACCUAUGGAUGAGUCACAAGACCACUACAAGAGGGAGCAGUUGAGAGAACUUGCUAUGCUAAAAUCAAAUUUAAGAGAAGAGAGUCCUCAACCAUAUGGGAGUGUCUCCCCUUUCACUUCCAGCGGGAUGAAGCGUGCCAAAACUGGUCUGUAGGCUGUAACAAGUCACUUAACUUGAUGAUCUUCUCUCGGUUCUUCCUCUGGUACAAAUCUUGAACAUUCUUGCCAUCAUAUACGCUUCUGAGUUAUGCAUGCAUUGGGCAAAGGAAGACGUCGUAGACUUGGUUGAUGAGGAUGAAUGCAGGGUUUGCUUCCAUGACAUUGAUGUAUACGGGUGAAUCUUUGCUAUAGCUUUUGUGGUUGAUUGCGAUGUAGGAGUAGAAAGUUUAUGUCAUAUAAUCUAUUCUUUAGUUUGCUGAACAAGUAUCUUUGUUAUUAACUUGAGGUGGGAAUAUUUAUUGAUUGUUUAAUAUGGUCCCCUUGUGGGUGGAUUCAGUUCUUCGA